AUGGCGGCAUUUUCGUUUUUCCUGUACCUAAUAUUUUCAAGUUAAUGUGAUAUUCCACAAUCAAAGCUAUUCUAGAUGAAGUUAAAAUUAAGAAUUCGUCGAUAAAAAUCCAUGACAAUGAAGAAAUUUCGUGACAGAUGUGAUGCAAACUUAAUUCUUCGCUAAAAUUUUAUGGCAUCAAAAGUUUAUCAUCCGUUUUGUUUUGGUUGAUAAAACCAUCUAUUGAAUAAUGAAUGGUCUAAAAAAAGAGGGAUUUAAGCGUGAUAUGUGUAAAAGUCACUCCGCCCGGUCAGAUCGAGAGUUAUACAGAGUAUGCCCGUCUAAGCUAAGUAAGAAAGAACUGGAGGAUCUCUACUUCACUCUGUUGGAGAACAACUUGGAACUAAAGCGGACAGUCACUGGGCAGCAAGAGCAGAUCAAAGUAUUGUCUACCCGAGUGCAGAGAAUGACUGCUGCCAACAAGAACCAUGUGGCCAAAGAAAAAGACUGUUGUACUUACACAAAGUCAAUUGUCAACGAACAGAAAGAAUCGAUAGCAGACCUGAAAAGAGCAAAUGAAAGAUUAUCCGAGAGGAUUCGUGUGCUGAACAUGAGGCUGUGCUCGGCCAAACAGUUCCUCCGCCGAAGCCCUGCCACCUCCGUCUCUCGUUGUACUAAGUGCUCUGCGCCACCAGCAUCUCUGAAAAAUUCAUCUGUGAGUGUAUUAAAUGCAAGGAUAAGUGAUAGCAAUGUGAAAACAGCAGUAUCCACCCGUUUUGUUGAUAAGGAUCCUAUGUUAUCAACGAGGACGGUGGAGACUGAAACUGAAGAACCAGAAAAAGAGAACCCUGAGACGUUAUGUAAUGAGAAUAGAUGUCGAAGUCUUAUGGAAGAGUUGAAACAAAAAAUCGUCGAUUUACAAGAGGAACUCUCCAAGACUCACAACGAGUAUUCUACCCGCAUCGGCCGCCUUGAAGAUGAAGUGUCCGAGCUGCGAGCGGCGAAUGAUCGCGAGCGAACACAGCGCGCCGCGAGUGACCACGAACUUACUGCGCGCGCGCAACAAGCUGAGCAGCUCGCGAGCCGGCUGAGGGAUGCUGAAGCUAAGUGCGGCGAAGUGUCAACGGAGCUUUCGAUCGAGAAGAGAAAGGUAGCAGAGUUAGAAACACGCGUGCGUGCCGCCGACCGCGCCGCCGCCGUCUCCAAGACGCUGCAGGACCACCUCAACAGCUCCAGUCAAAUGAAGAAUGAAAUCGAAAAUGAAGAAACGGAGCCAAGAGGUUCGCCUUUCUACACUCCGCGAUGGGAGUCUUCACCUCGGCUAGAAGUGCCUCAGUUAGAAGUGCCCCAGCUAGAAGUGCCCAGUGAGACGGCCGGCCAGCCUUCGGAAGCGACUGACAAGCCUUCAGACAAGGACCAGUCCACGGAGAAGGCGGACCAGCACCGGCUGUCCAAGCUGUCCAACGAUUCGGGGUACAUCGACGCUUAUAAGAGCCCUGUUGCGGCCGACCAGAAGACGAUUACUCGCAUGGAUGAUGAGCUGAAAAAUAGAAUAGCUUAUCUGCAACAACAAAUGGAUGAGAUUCUGUCUGUAAUGAAACAAGGAGAGGCAUCUGAAGUGCCCAAGGAAAGAGUUGGCAAAUCAUUCUACUUUGAAGCUUACGACUCGGGCCCUAGAAUGGCUGACUCUCCCGCGAUAGACGUCAACGAUAAACGUGAUGAUGAAGAUGGGAUUGUAUUGGAGGAAGCUUCAUACUCCAAAUCAAAGCCGUCUGACGUGACGACUCCCGAUCGGGACAGGGUCGUAGAGUCGCCUGCACGCGAGGUUAAAGAAGAAAAGCAGAAGACUCCAUUGCUCAAAAAUAAACGACUCGCUGGGAGAAAAAAUACAAUACUAGACAAGAGGCUCGCGCUUGAUGUAAAAGGUGUCAAUGCCGUGAUCGAUAAAGAGGAAAAACAUUCGUUUGUUAGCAAAAACGUUGAACAGAUUCGCUCUGACCUUACGGCAGAGUCUGCUGAGCACACUAAAAAGGACUCGCACAACAGCCUUCAAAUACCAGGACCAUUGCCUGUGGGAAAAACUUUUAUAAUUGAUAAAGCCGUUGAUAAGUUCAAGAAGAGAAAUGGCGUUAAACCCAAAAAAGACAAGGAAACUAAAGAGGUAGUAAGAGCGAGAGAAAUCAAUAAGCUACAAGGCUUUGAUGUUAAAAAAGACGAUAACGUCGAAGUUCCUUUGCGCAUACAAAAUAUUGUAGAAGAUUCGACUAUGACUAAUUUGAAUCUGAAAGAUGCAACUAUACAAGCAAUUGAUAGCGUAGAGGGUGGAAAAGUUCAAGCAACGAACGGCAAAGAAUCUGUCCAUUCAGGCAAGGCUCCAAUGCCCAUGAGUAGUUUGAUGGAGAAGUAUAUAGAAAAAGAUCCGGAGAGAGUUGGGACAUCGAGUACGCUUAUUUUGCCAGAAGUCAAGAAACCGGAAGCAGAAGACAGCAAAGUAAUUGAGCUGUGUCUGCACCAUACACGAGCGUGCACGUGCCCGGGCGCACAACGACGCGACGUGGCCGUGUUCCGCACGUGCUCGGGCACGCUACGCUUCCGCACUGCGCCCGCCGCCGCUUUCAAACGCUGCGCGUGCGCCGCUAAAGAAGAAAACGCUGGGACGUGUGAACAAGGGACUCAAGUGGAGCCCGAGGCGACGCAUAGCAGAGGCCACACCUACCCUGUGCCGCCGCGCUCGCCCGACAACACCGACUGCGAGAUAUCCUCGCUGACUGACCUACCUUCAGAGAGGGACGGCAAGUCCCCCCGCUCGGCGCGGUCACCAGGCGAGCAGAAGACGACGUCCACCUACACUGAAUCAUACUCGCCGCACUCCACCACGGCCUACAGCUCGCUCAGCGAGGGGGAGCUACCUGGUGCGGGGGGAGGUCCAAACUUAUCAGAUGGAGAAGCAAAAGUCGACCUUAAAGACAAGAAACAAACCUUCGCAGCGCCGCCUGCCGCGCGUAUGGAGGAGGCACUAGCGGCCAUUACGGAGGAACUAGCACUGUGCCGCGACCUGCUUCACGCGCGCAGCGCUGUCGAGACCAAGCCGCCUACAAAGGACGCGUCCCUGAUGGUAGAUCUGUGCCCCGGGCCCAUCGCUCUGAAGAGAGCCGCGGGCUCGCCGCGCAUCGGGGAUGCUUUCACUCCGAAAUGCAUCUUUACGCUGCACAUCGGGACGGUGGUGCUGUCUGACGAGGCAGUGAUAAACUCGCGCGACUUGUCGCUGGUGCUGACGUGGAAGUUCUACGAGCAGAGCGCCGCCAUGACUCGCAUGCGCGCCGGCCGCGUGGUGCUGUUCGACUUCUCCACCGAGUACGACGUCAAGAUCACCGACCACUUCCUGGACUAUCUCAAGCACGAAAACAUGCAGAUAAUAAUCAGCGAGCUGGACAAGCAGAAUGAGCCGUUCGCGAGCUGCGCGCUGCCGCUGCGAGAUGCACUGUUACAUACCAACAGGCGCGCUGACAUGUCUCUGGCUUUGGUGGCUGGACCUCACUUGCGUCGAGCGCAAGAUCCAUUAGACUCUGGUGACGAGGUGGGCGUGUUAGACCUGUGGUGCAUGUUACGCGUCGAUCCCGCGCUGCUGCCCGCUAUCAACCGCGCCAUCGCCAAUCCAGGCCCAGCCGACCCGUCAGCCCAGCUAGAGCAGAACUUGAUGGACGACGACGACCGGUACAACGAAGACCAGCUGUCCCAAGACUUGGACAUGCGGCCGUCCAAGCAGAAGGCCGGGCUCUACGACUUCGAGACUCCCGCGACUUACAGCGCGAAGAAGAACGACAUGUAUGAUUUGAGUCGUCCGCUGGGACCGCCAGACCGUUGUCGCAGCGUGGGCAGUCAGAGCCACGGGGAGUCUACUAGCAAUUCACCUGUGACAUUGAACACCGAAAAUCGUCGUAGUAUUUCGGCACAGGCUACAACAUCGAACGCCAAUCAAUUGCCUCAACAAAACCAAGUGCGGGUGUCUCUACAACGCGAACGCGGACCAGUAGGAUUUAAAGAUGCAGAUUCAACCCAAUCCAGAAUACUCGUGAAUGAAGUGCCUGCAAAAAUAAAAUCGGCGAACGAUAUGAAACAAGCAUUAGAUCGUUACGCCGUGCAUGAAAACAUACCUCCUAUAUCACGACUGGAAAAAAUUGAGGAUGAUGCAGCGUCUCAAACACAUUCUACUGCUAGUUCUUGGAGAGGCCUAGUCACGAGGCGACAAAUUCCCAAAUCAAACAAACGAAGCAGCUUUUUUAAAAAUGAAUGUUCUAUGACUAGUUUAGUAAAAAAGGACACUAAUUAUAAUAAGCAAUCCAAAGCCAUGCAAACGACCCGGCAGACAGUAGACGAUCCUCCGGAGCUGAGCAAAUCUUCCAGGGGGCUAGAUGGUUCAAAAAAAUUCGUCACCAUCGCAAAAAACAGUAAAUCUUGGGAUAAAGAAAAUAAGGUGUCNCCGGGGCCGCUCCGGCGCCGAGCUCGAGACGCCCGUCAGCCUGCCCAAGCCCCGGAGCUACGUCGACAAGUGCUACUUCCAGUUCAGCAAGAAGACAAUGUGGCCGCGCUCUACGUGGCGUACACGUUCCGGGGCCGCUCCGGCGCCGAGCUCGAGACGCCCGUCAGCCUGCCCAAGCCCCGGAGCUACGUCGACAAGUGCUACUUCCAGUUCAGCAAGAACAAUGUGGCCGCGCUCUACGUGGCGUACACGUUCCGGGGCCGCUCCGGCGCCGAGCUCGAGACGCCCGUCAGCCUGCCCAAGCCCCGGAGCUACGUCGACAAGUGCUACUUCCAGUUCAGCAAGAACAAUGUGGCCGCGCUCUACGUGGCGUACACGUUCCGGGGCCGCUCCGGCGCCGAGCUCGAGACGCCCGUCAGCCUGCCCAAGCCCCGGAGCUACGUCGACAAGUGCUACUUCCAGUUCAGCAAGAAGUUCCACCUGACGGACUGCGACCUGCUGCUGUUGGUGCACAUGGCCAAGUGCCGCUCCACCAACCGUACCGAGCACAGCUCCAAGGACUGCGUCAUCUUCAGCGUCAUCAGCGAACCGCCCGAAGAUCCGCGGCUACCUUUAAGUUCCACCUGA